GCGGGGCUACCAGUUGUGGUACGACAAGGCGGAAGCCCUCGGCAACCAAGCCAUUGCUGCCGCUAAAGAUAGUGCUGCUUCGACUGCCAACACCGGUUCAACGGACAGGGCAACACCGACAGCCAGUGCAACAAACUAGGUUGUAGCGCAUGCGGCAGUAUUCAGUGCGGGGCGGCAUAUAGUACCAGCUGACGGUGUCGGCCAUGAAGUACUGCGUGGUUCCCGGCUGCUGCUCCCGGGAGGGCACCACCAGGGGUGUGGUGUUCCACGAGUUUCCCUCCAACAUGGAGCGCCGAGAGUCGUGGACACUGGCUGUGCGUGCACUCAAACCACCCAUUCAAGAUUCCGAUGAUCCGUGGGUGCCGUCUGAGUACGCGAAGAUAUGCAGCAAGCACUUCAAGCCAGAUGACUACAUACAGGGCCCCAAGAAGCGCUACCUGGCACCCCACGCCACGCCUUCCCAGUUCCAGCAGACGUGUGAUGUUCAAACACGCGGUCGCCGAGGCCGGCCCAGGAAGCCACGGCUGGCCGAUGACGGCUCUUUGGCCGCCAUUGUGAGCGAGCCCCUAAGCAUGGGCGAGUCCAGCAAAAGGCCUCAAGCUGGCAUCACAACGACGCCCGUGGUCAUACGUCAUCUGUCGGGGUACAGUUCUCGUUUGAGGUGCGACCACCAGGGCACGGUCGGCACCGUCUUGACGCAGAUUACAAGUGCAGUGCCAAGUGAAAGAGCCGACGCUAGGCUUAACGCCGGAACUAUGGAGACGAGCGAGAAUGCUGACCCCGGCGUUACACAUAGCGCUAGAACUUUGACGGGAAGCUGUAGCCAACAAACACCCGUCAUCGUUGUCCCGCUGCGAGGCAGCCACUCCACGGUGCUAUCUGUCGGUUGCCAGACACAGGUGACGGGUCUGACGAUAGCGGCGUACGAGGAGCAGAUACAGUCGCUGAGGGAUGAGUGCAAGCGACUGCGGGACGAUCUGUAUGAGCUGCGUCGUGUUGGGGUGGACACAAUCUGCAAUGGCGGCGUGACUAGUGAGCUCUCGGCAAACUCGAAUGCUUAUAUUUAAAAGCUUCAAAUGCUUCUUCUCCACUUAAAAACUGCACUUCGACUUCCGAAAGUAUCAGCAAGUGUAGAGUGGUGACACCUGUUGACUAAAGUAUGGUCGCUGCAGUUUGUUAUUGCACUUCAGUGAACCUUUAGGGUUUCCUUGAGAAAUAACUGUCCUUCCUACAAGGGGCCAGUAAAUAGGUUUAAUUUAGGAAUCAAGUUAGAAGUGCUAAUGAACUGCAGCAGUCGGGUUUGGUGGGCGGUGCUGCCAUGUAGUCGAGGUGCAGUGCCAGAUUGGAGGAACGUUUAGGGAGUGGCUGCAAGCAUGUCAUUGCUUGAGUGCGAAUGUGCGGGAGUGGCAGAUGCGUGCAUACCCUGUUGCAGCAGCAGGAAGCUGACAUACUAAGAAAGAGCUAUAGUCCCAGAAAAAUAGAUUAACAACUUGCCACUGUGCCCCCCCACUCCACCCCAAAGAAAAAGAAAAUCAUCCACAUUUCACUGGGGGCAGAGUGCAAGGAAUUGAUACCUAGCCUGCCCUCGACUACAGUUGUUUUCAUAAUAUUACGACUAUGUGGCACUGACCGAUAAUCUGGGUUGAUGGGCGCCCAUUAACUUCAUAACAUGCCCAUAAUGACAUGGCCAGACGCCCGCAAAGCGUAAUAGUACUUCUGUGCCCGUGAUAGCACACUCUUAUGCCAGUGAUCACUAGGGAAGCCAGCAACUGCUACUUGCUGUCCCUCAGUUGCACAUAUCUAAGAUUGAGUUGCGAGCCUCGGAUUUUCUUCCCUGUCCUUCUUUGUGGCGCAUACAAAACAUUUUAAACACAUCACAGUUUCCCAGUGGCUCUAGCCUUGUGCUACCGAGUGCAAGGUUUCUGCUUCAAUCCUAGCUAUGGCGGCUGCAUCCCGAUGGGGGUGGAGUGCAGAAACGCCCUUGUACAGUGUCUUGGAUGCACAUUAAAAAACCUCAGGUGGCCAAAAUUUUGAAACCUCCACUACAGCGUCCCUCAUAAACCACUGUGCAAUUUUGGGACAUUAAGCCAUUACAAUGUAUGUUUCCUUUACUUGAAGGCAACCUCGACCAAGGUAGUUGCACAAUAAAUUAUUUUUAUUUCGUA